GCAACCAAGAUGGACCAUCUCUCAGUGAUGCCUUUCCAAACCCACCAGUGGGCCUUCAGCCAGUCAUGGGCGCUGCCCGUCAGCCCUCCCAGCACCGUGACCCCCAAUUCACCGCCCACCCACAGGACUCUCUCAAGGAUGUCUGAUAAAGCCAAGGCCUUCACCAUCGACGCCCUUCUGGGACUUGACACUCAAAAGGACCUUCCUGCCCCGACCGCCUCCCCGCCUGCAUCUCCGCUCUCCCUCCUUCAGCGGGAGUCCUCCGACACCGGCCUCAGGGACGCCCCCGGAAAGCUCAAGCGCCAUCGCACAGUGUUCACGGACUCGCAGCUUCAGCGGCUGGAGGAGGAGUUCCAGCGGCAGCAGUACCUGGUGGGCCCCGAGCGGCGGAACCUGGCCAGGCAGCUGGAGCUGAGUGAGCUGCAGCUCAAAGUGUGGUUCCAGAACCGACGCAUCAAGUGGCGCAAGAACCAACUCAACGUGAAUGAAUUUUCUUCUCUACCUUUGACUCAAUAGGAAGGUCAAGGAACCAUUAUUUCCUCUAUGAGAAAAUCUAUGUAUGUGCACAUAUAUCCCAGUGAGAUUCCCUGUGCUUCCCACAUCUAUCUCGUCUAAUCCACGUAAAUAGAAUAAA